AAUGGCGUCUUGUUUACGCGGACUCAGCGCAGAAGGGCUCAUUUUUGAUGAGAAUAUGAAUUUAGAGAAGUCGUUACUGAACUGAAAAUGCUGCGUUUUUUUUUAAACUGAGGAUACUGGUGUUUCUCGGCUGCAGAUUAUUUCAUAAUCUGAAAGUUUUGUUUGGUAGAAUCCGAUUGGGGAAACGGUUGCCAUGGAGAAGCGUCGCCUGUUGGCGCACAAACGCCGCGCGCACUCGUACUAGACAUGGCGAAUUGCUUUUUCUACAAAAUCAAAACAACCUGUACUUUUUAAACCAUUUUUAUAAAACACCAAGUACUUUAACAACAGAUCGUAUUUUUUGGGUGCUUAAAGGCUCUCCGUUUGAAAUUAAAUAAAUUUAGACUAAUCGGAUGGCUUCACGUUACCAACGACCUCUUCGUUUGCAACACAGAAAUGCUCCUUCGUUUUUGCAUCAGCAAUUACUUUUAACCUUUAUAAAAUGUUGAAAUUACGGAUAGUUCAGAAAAGUUUGGAAACACAGUGGUGCGUGAGCUGGAGAAAGUUCUGGAGAAAAAAUGUCUGAAAUGAGCCUUUUCGGAGAGUCUGAUUUUGCUGUAGCACAGAACUGCUGCCAAGAACCUCUAACAUCCAUGACUAAAGAAAAGGAGAAAAAGAAAAAACACAAGCAAAAAGGACAAAAGAAGCCAGUCCGUGAAGGUCAAAAAAGGAGUUACAUCAGCACACCUUCGAACUCAGAUACAGAUAAGGCCCAAACAGAGAAAGGCCUCAUGACACAGAUGAAGGCAACGGUGAAGGGACACAGUGACCCGCAGACUAAGAUCAAAGGUCAGUCCAAAUUCGGGGCAUCUAGAGGGACCAAGAGAACCCAGAAGCACAAGGAGGAAGCAGCUGCAAAGCCAGAGGAGACCAUAGCUUGCUUGCCUGGGGGUGAGGAAGAUCUCAGCACUCUGAUCCAGGAAAGUCUGAGGUGGGCAAGUGUCUUGGAGGACCCUGUGGCUGAACAGCGGAGGAUAGAGAUUUACAAAGCCAAUCGCAGGAAGCGUUACCUGGCCGCACUGCGCAAACCGCCGAGCGACAGCCGCGUAACAGGAGCAGACUGGCCCUGCUCUCAGUGACCAGGUCGGCACAAGCGAAGCACCACUCACAUCGUUCACACUGUCAUCUCUAGGUAGAUUUUCCUUUCAACUGCCUACUUUCAGGGACCUGCUUCUUUUGAGGCUUUUGGAGAUGUUUAUACGUGCUAUGGCUCCAGAGUGAAAUGAGUUGUCAGUCAUUCAUGCCUGACGUUUCUUUGUCACUAAAUAAAACCAAUGUAAUGAUCUGAAAUGUUGAAACCUAGAUAAUUUUGAUAUUUAUAUGUAAUCUUUUGAUGUGGACACAAAAAAUACAAUGUAACCAUACUGAAUUUCUCCAGCAGGAGGUACUGUUACCACACAGACAGUAACACUCUUCAUGAACAAGAUUUUUUAAAUGAAUGAGUAAAUGAAACUUUUUGUUUAUCCUAGAGGGAAAUUCACUUUGGGUGCAGCAGCAUACAAAGUAUA